AAUUACUUCAAAUUAAAUGACGUACGAGCGUUUAGCGUUUAAAGAAGACCACAUCAAUUCUUUAUUUGUUUACCGACAGCCAUCACGCGAUUCACUCGCCCCCAUACAUAUAUAAAAGAGAUGGCAAUGAAAAUACGCAUUUCAUUUGGCAUUUUAACUUAUUUCGCGUGUGCCAGCGCGGUGCAAAUAAAUUAAAAAAUAUAACUGUCAUUCUUUGCCGCGCAACAUUCGAGUCAAAUUAUGGAUUUAUUAAUUACGUUUUAAUUUCUUUAAGAAGUGAAUGUUUGUGUAAUUAUUUGGUUAAAUCUUUAAAUUAUUAUUAAAAACGUGUUAAUAUAUUUAAAUCGAUCAAAAAAUCACUUUCACUAAUAAUGUGUGGAAAUUGACUAAACAUAAAACGUCACGGGAAUAAUUCCCGCUAAAUUUUGACAGUAGGUCGGAGCUACAGAUAAAAAAUCGUGUUUAUUUUUUUCUGAUAUAUCUCUAAUAUCUCUAAAAAGUUUAGUAUGGAUACGAAUUGGACUAUGUUCCCCCGUAUGGGGUUGCGAUCUCCCAACUUGACGAAUACGACAGUGAAUCUCCAGGAGAGCUUCGAAAUCGACCUGGAAGACACAAACUGGAUCCUCACAUCUUCGUUCAUCAUUUUUACAAUGCAGACAGGUUUCGGCAUGCUGGAGUCCGGAUGCGUGUCCAUAAAGAAUGAAGCUAACAUCAUGAUGAAGAACUUGGCUGACAUUUCUUUGGGAGGUCUUACCUACUGGAUCUUUGGCUACGGCAUGUCCUUCGGAGAAGGGACAUACUCGAACCCGUUUAUAGGAGUGGGGGACUUUCUGCUGGACCCCCCAGUAGGGGAUGCUCUCAUGGGGCCCGUGUUUGCAUCGUUCCUGUUCCAACUGUCGUUUGCUACUACUGCCACUACUAUUGUCAGUGGGGCUAUGGCUGAGAGGUGCAACUUCAAGGCCUACUGCCUGUUCUCGCUGCUGAACACCAUCGUGUACUGCGUGCCCGCCGGCUGGGUGUGGGGCUCCCACGGGUUCCUCAACAAGCUGGGCGCUGUAGACAUCGCGGGCUCCGGGCCUGUGCAUCUUAUAGGUGGCGCAUCAGCCUUCGCUUCAGCUCUGAUGCUGGGUCCGCGACUGGGUCGGUAUGCUCACGGCAUAGCCCCACUACCUAUGGGCAACCCCGUCAAUGCAGUCAUGGGGACUUUCGUCCUCUGGUGGGGCUGGUUGGCCUUCAAUUCCGGCAGCACUUAUGGGGUGAGUGGAGCUAAAUGGCAGUAUGCAGCGAGGGCAGCGGUGAUGACUAUGAUGGGAUCUUUCGGAGGAGGCUGCUUUGGUCUACUCUUUACGUUAAUCAAAAAUAAGGGAAAGGCAGAAGUGAUGGAACUCAUUAAUAGUGUGCUGGGAUCCCUGGUUUCAAUUACUGCUGGCUGUUUCCUCUACCGAGCUUGGGAGUCACUGCUGAUCGGAUUCAUAGGGGCUGCCAUAGCUUCGGGCACUUCUCCGCUGUUCGACAUGAUGGGGGUAGACGAUCCGGUUGGAGCGUCCGCCGUCCAUGGUGCCUGUGGACUUUGGGGUGUACUAGCAGUUGGACUAUUCGCUGACAACCCGAUUCCCAUGGAAACUACUAACGGCAGAUCUGGACUGUUCAAGGGCGGUGGCUGGUACCUCCUGGGCGUGCAGUCCCUGACAGGCGUGUGCCUGAUGACGUGGGGCAUCCUGGUGACCAUCACGCUGCUGUGGGUCAUCGACAAGAUCAUGCCCAUCCGCAUGGACCCCUACACCGAGCUGCUGGGGGCUGACAUUACGGAACACAGGAUUAGGCAUGGACAGGUGGGGAUAUCCCGCGCAGUAUCAGCGCUGCGUCCGUACCACCGGUCCAGCAGCAUCGAGCAGAUGGCCACGGUCGGGAUGAACACCGGCCACGGCUACAUCGUCGACAAACUCAAUGAGGCAAAGAAAAAGAACGGUCUAUUCCACGUAUUUAGCAACAAAGCGUACGUGAGCGACCAAGAACCAACUCCAUCGUUCACAACGCAAGGAUUCUUACACAAGCGACCUGGCAACACUGGAAACCACGCCCACAGCACUCUAGACUCUAUGGUCCACGAAAUCAAUGAUACCACACUAAUAAAUAAAGAGAUCAGCAAUGUAAUUCAUGUAAUACCAGAGGAAAUAAAAGGGAAGAGGUAUAAAGAUUUGUCGCCUAAAGAAUUGGAGGAUUUGGGCCGAAUCAGCGCCAAUCAGGAUCGGUUUAGGUACAGAUUUCAUGAAGAUGAUUAUAAAAGGGAUGUGCAGAGGAGUGCUACUUCUAAUGUACGGUGGUUAGAUUAAAUAAGAAACAUUAU